CAGGAAGCGGUUGGACACCUCCUCCAUGCUCGAGCUCCAUGGGAACCGGAGGCUUUUGACAAGAGCUCGGUCGAACCACCGGGCGGGAGAGGGAUUUGUGAAAGCUCGCGGGGACACGCCCGCCGCGAUAACAGCAGUUUGUGUGGCUGGCUGGGUCCUACGACGAGUAGUCCGCGAUGAUGACUGAUGGUUAAACGGUCUUUGCUGACGCCACGGCUAGUUUGGAUGGAAUAACUUCUCUCACGUUGUUAACUGAUAACUAAACUAACUGGUUGCUUGCCUUCAUCCCGACGGCUUUAGCUUCCCGGCGGCGGUUCAACACCAGCGAGAUGUAAAGCAAGUUCACUACCGUAUGUUGAUAUGCUUCUGACAUAAAGAGGAGAGAAGAAGUGAGAGGCAGUGCUGAGGAAGAUGGAAGUGCAGAGCGAUGUUCAGCAUCUCGAGCCGCUCCCCCCCGCCGCCGCCUCUCCCCCGCCGGGGGCCAAUCAGCGGCGUGAGUGUGAGGAGGGACACGGGGACACCGGGGCCUCCGCCGACAGCCACAGCGAGGACACUCCAGCCAGCCAGAGAGACGAGAUGAAACCCAGUGCAGGGGUCAGAGGUUACCACAACCACAAGGCCUCAGACGCCCAGUGGGCCGCCAGUGAAGGAGGAGGAGGAGGAGGAGGAGGAGGAGGUGGAGGGGGCCCCUCUUGGAGCGGGAGCUCACCCUACCACCACCCCCACCACCAUCCCCAGCACCAGCACCGUGGCGCUGCCGCAGCAGACCUGCACCACUACCCGCCUCACCACCACUACCCGUCUCACCCCCACCCGUCCCACCACCACCACCACCACGGCCAGCAGCCCACUCAUGCCGGCUACACCUACUGCCCGCUGCAGCCAACGGUAAGUGGUGUAUACUGCUGCGGAGGCAAUGACGGGGGACACCCACCAUUCUGGUAUCGCCUUUGCUCCUUCCUUUUUUUUUUUAAUGUCGGUCAAUCAUCCCUCGCCCUCCUUCUUUAACAGUACAGGAGUUGGAGCUCUCUCUCUCCCUCUCACCGUCGAUGUCAGUCUCUCUCUCUUUGUUUGCGGGCCCACCUUGUCGGCCAAUAAUUCUGGUGUUGCCUUCGUCCACUCUCCUCGCUGCUCUACGAAUCUGAAGCGUCUCCCUCCCCUCCGUCUUUCCGUCUCCCUUUCUCCCUUUUAUUGUUUUGUCCUCCCUAGCAUAUGCUGGCUGCUGCAGCCUCCCUCUCUUAUCCCUACUGGCCAUCUCCUCCUACACCUCCUUUAACCGCCAAGGAGUGACUAAAUGACAGCGCGCCUUUAAUCUUCUCUUUUCCUUCGAGCCCUCAUUAUCUACUUUCUUUCCCUCCCUCCUUUGUCCAUUUCACCAGUUUUUUCAGCACUCAUUUUCCGUCUCUGGUUCUUCUCUGCAUCUCAUUUAGCUUCUGAGCAGCCGCGUAACGAGGCAACGAGGAGAAGCUUGAUUGAGGCAGCGCCACGGUUUGGACGUCUCUCCUUGUCAUUAUCCUCGCAAUUAAUUGCCGUUUCUCAAUCUGUUUGAUUCGACAUUUAUUGGCGUAUCAGGUGGAGGAGAGUGACACUGAUUGGUUCUGUAGCGAGGAGGCAGAGGUUAUCUUUCUGUGGAUUUAUUUUUUUAAAGCACCGCUCUCACGGAUCACAAUCAGUCUCGGAAUAUUUCUCUUCUUUCCCGUCUCCUUAUUUCCUCUCUUACGUCUUAUUUUCCCUCUCGUCCAACGAAAUUGCUGCGUUUGUAUCCAACCCAUUUCUUUGAGAUUAGAAAAAUUGGAUAUGCGUCUCAGUCUCAAUUAUGACAUUGUUGCCUAUUUUCCAUCAACACGUGGAGGCCCGUUCGGAGCGCUUGCAUGCAAAGAGUGCGGAAAUUGAAUUGGAUUUAGAUGUGAUAAUCUCCCCUUUCUGCCUCCGCGUUGACUCCCCGACGCACGCACACAAACUUGCUUUUAUGCUAUUCCCAUGCCACUGAGAGGCGCAUUUAAUAAACCACAGGAAGUGUGGAGCGCGUAAAAAGUUAAUCAGUUUUUGAUUGCCUGCACUGUUGUGUCUCUGUGUGUCUCUCUCUGUGUGUUAUUUUUUUCUUGCACUAGAACAAUUUUACAGAGGGGGCUCCUUCUGUGUCUUUAUUGGACAAUUGCUACUGGUCGCCAUAGUGUCACUUUCACCCAAAAAGACCCACAGCUCUUUAGAGUAUCUGUGUUGCAGCUGGGCUGUUGUGAGCUAUGUUCAGUUCGCCGUUUAUCAACAGGAAGCAUAAACAGGGAACAUUCCU